AUGUCACGACAAAUGAGUCAGAUUGAGCGGAAGCUCGCUGAAAAACUCAUCAUACUAAAUGAUCGAGGUGUAGGAAUGCUUACAAGGAUCUAUAAUAUUAAAAAGGCUUGCGGGGAUGCUAAAUCAAAACCUGGAUUUUUGUCAGACAAAAAUUUGGAAUCUGCCAUUAAGAAUAUCGUUAGAAGGUUUCCUAAUCCUGACAUCAAAAGUUUAACACCCAUUCAGGGUUUAAGAAAUGAAAUUAUAAAGUCUCUUUCACUAUAUUAUUACACUUUCGUCGAUUUGUUAGACUUUAAAGAUCAUGUUUCUGAGCUUCUUACCACAAUGGAUGCUUACCAAGUGGAAUUAGACAUAACAGUCAAUUUCGAAUUAACCAAAAAUUACUUAGAUUUAGCUAUCACAUACGUGUCUCUGAUGGUGUUGUUAUCUAGAGUAGAAGACCGAAAAGCUGUAUUAGGGCUAUUUAAUGCUGCAUAUGAAAUUGUACAUGGCUCUGCGGACACAAGUUUUCCCAGAUUGGGAUCCAUGAUAAUGGAUUAUGAUAUUCCUUUUAAAAAACUGUCGGAAGAAUUUGUACCUCAUGCUAGGAUACUAAGCCAGGCAUUAUAUUCAUUAGGACCAAUUUAUAUAUCACGAAAUGUAUCUGCUGAUAAAUGGAGAAAAGAACAAAAAUUAAGUUUAGUUGGUAAUCCAGCUGCUCUGCUUAAGGCUGUAUCGUCUGAAAAUAUGUCUUGUGAAUAUUUAUCUAUGGAUACAAUGGAAAGAUGGAUUGUUUUUGGAAUUAUGCUUAUACACAACGUUCUAUUAGACACCCGACAAGAUUACUUCAACAAACUUCUUUUAAAUACCUUAGAAAGCUUUUGGGUAUUGCCAUUGUUUAGAGAUGAAGUUUUAUAUAUACAUCAGUACAUUUGGUCCUUCCUUGAUACUCUAAAGGGGUACGGUAAAAGAAUUUCUGAAAUCAAAGAUGUUCACCAACAAGCAGUUCAAAAGGCAGGUUAUAAUCAUAGAGAACGACGAAAAUUUUUAAGAACCGCUUUGAAAGAACUAGGUCUUAUUUUUAUGGAUCAACCAGGGCUUUUAGGUCCAAAAGCUUUAAUGGUAUUUAUGGGAUUGUGCUAUUCCAGAGAUGAAGUGCUAUGGUUGUUAAGACAUAAUGAUAAUCCUCCACAACAUAAAGCAAAAGGAAAAUCUACAGAGGACCUAGUGGAUCGUCAUUUACCUGAGCUGCUCUUUCACAUGGAGGAUCUGAGGGUACUUGUGCGAAAAUACAGUCAAGUCAUGCAAAGGUAUUAUGUUCAGUACCUUUCUCAUUGGGACGCUGUCACUCUCAAAGAAUAUAUGCAAAAACUACAAACUUGCCCAGAAGAUGAAGGCGUUAUUUUGUCUUCCUUUUGCAACACAAUUUCCAGCUUAUCUGUUAAACAAGUUGAAGACAACGACCCCUUCAACUUCUUUGCAUUUAGGUUAGAUUGGUUUAGAUUGCAAGCAUAUACAUCUACUCAGCAAUCCAAAUUAAGGAUAAUGGAUAAUAAACAUAUAGCACAGUUAUUAGAUAUGAUUCAGUUCCAUACUAGGAUGGUUGAUACGCUUGACGAGAUGUUGAAGGAAACAUCCGACUUGUCAAUUUUUUGUUUUUACAGCAGGAUAUUCGAGGAUCAGUUUCAUAUGUGUUUAGAAUUUCCAGCACAAAAUCGUUUUAUUGUGGCUUUUCCGUCAAUUUGCAGCCAUUUCCAACACUGCACCCACGAACUGUGUCCCGAAGAGCGGCACCAUAUUAGGGAACGUAGUUUGUCUGUGGUAAACAUGUUUUUGGAUGAGAUGGCCAAAGAAGCCAAAAAUAUUAUAACCGCUAUCUGUGACGCUCAAUGUAAAAUGAGCGAUCAGCUACUACCGAAAAAUUGUGCAAAUCUAAUUUCACAACAAAUCAAUCGGAAAAAGAAGGAAAAAAAUAAAAAGAAUGUAACAGAAAUUGAGAAACCAGGAAAAGAAAGCUACCGAAAAACACGCGAGAACUUAACUACAAUGGACAAGCUUCAUAUGGCUUUAACAGAAUUAUGUUAUGCGAUAAACUAUUUUCCUAAUAUUAAUGUUUGGGAGUAUACCUUUGCACCGCGGGAAUAUUUACACCAACAUCUAGAAACCAGGUUUGCCAAAGCUUUAGUGGGUAUGGUUAUGUUCAAUCAAGACACAAACGAAAUCGCAAAACCCUCAGAACUACUUGUGUGCGUUAGGUCAUAUAUGAAUGUUUUACAAACUGUUGAAAACUAUGUUCACAUCGAUAUUACCAGAGUUUUCAAUAAUUGUUUAUUACAACAAACCCAGCACAUGGAUAGCCACGGAGAAAAAACUAUAGCUUCCAUAUACACUCAGUGGUAUUCUGAAUCUUUAUUGAGGAGAGUUAGUGGGGGUAACAUUAUUUUUUCAAUGAACCAAAGAUCAUUUGUAAGUAUUAAUUUGGAAGGAAACAUUCCAUAUAACCCUGAAGAAUACUCUGAUGUCAACGAACUUCGGGCUCUUGCUGAACUUAUUGGACCUUACGGUAUGAAACAGCUUAGUGAAACAUUAAUGUGGCACAUAGCAAGUCAGGUUGUGGAACUUAAGAAACUGGCCGAAAUCAAUAAGGAUGUGUUACUUUUAUUGCGAACUAACUUUGACAAACCCGACGUAAUGAAGGAACAAUUUAAAAGGUUAACAAACGUUGACAAUGUUUUACAAAGAAUGACUAUUGUAGGAGUAAUUUUAAGUUUUAGGCAAUUAGCACAGUCCUGUCUGACAGACGUUUUAGAACAAAGAAUACCGUUUCUGUUAAGUUCAAUUUUAGAUAUUAGACAUCACUUGCCAAGCGGCGAUCCAAUGAAAGUUGUCAGUGAAAUGACUUCCGCUGCUGGAAUUAGCUGUAAAGUUGAUCCAACCUUAAUCUCAUCAUUAAGGUUACAAAAAGUUGAUGAGGCUGACAGUGAGCAGCAUUUACUAGUCUGCUUGUUAAUGGUUUUUGUCGCUGUUUCAAUACCAAAACUAGCCCGAUCGGAUCAGUCGUUUUAUAGGGCAUCUUUGGAAGGACAUACAAAUAAUAUCCACUGUAUGGCUUUAGCAGUCAAUCACAUUUUUGGUGCGUUAUUUACGAUUUGUGGUCGGGACGAUAUAGAGGAUAGGAUGAAAGAAUUUCUAGCAUUAGCUUCUUCAAGUUUGCUGAGACUGGGCCAGGAGGCGGAUAAAGAUGCGGUUAAAAACCGAGAAUCUGUUUAUUUGUUAUUAGACCAAAUUGUUCAGGAGUCGCCGUUUCUGACAAUGGAUCUACUGGAAUCAUGCUUUCCGUACGCGCUAAUUCGUAAUGCUUUUCACGAUGUCUAUAAGUUAGAACAGGCUUUGUAAGGGCUAUUUAUAUGAUUAAUUUUUUUUCUGUUUUAUAUUAUUCCAAAAUGAAUUUGAUAUUUUUAUUAUAGGUCUAUAAUACAUAGGUUGACCAGUAAUUAGAUUUCUUAAUAUAGAAUAGAGUGAGGAAAUCCAGAUAUUAAAAAAGAUUUUGUGCGUUUAAAACAUAUAAGUAUUCGCAAAACAAUUUUGGAUGCACGUGAUCAACUUU